AUGGCACAACUGGUGACGCUUCUGCUUGCGGCUGCGGCUGCCCAAUCAAGCACCUGCUCCUUCAAGCCCAACUACUCUGAUACCGUCAAACAAGCCGGUGCCCGCAAGGUCUGGAUCAGCCUCUUCAACGCCAUUGGCGCCAACAACAUGGCUUCGGUGCGCAUGUUUUUCAGCCAGCGCAACUUGGCCUCCUCACUCUCACAAUACAAACACCUGCAUUUUGCAUCUUUCAUCUGCACAGGCAAUGUGGUCUCGGAAACGGGCGCAGCGUGUGCCUCAUCCGACCUAUUUGCACUUUUUGGCCAAUCCUACUAUCGCCUUGAGCUCUCCCCCGAUGGCAAAGUUGUCCGCCGCUUCAAUGCGGGUUGCGCCGACCCAGAGUGCACCAACUGUGACUACGAUCGCACCCAGCUUGACAUGCAUGAUUGCAUGUCCGUUCCUGUCACAAGUGGCGAACACCAACAUCAAUUCUCUGUCGCCUUUGCUCCAUACAAGGAGGAGAGCUGUGUGGGCCCCUACGUGGUCACCAACUCCUCGGGCAUUACGGCUUUGCAGACACUCACGUCGGACGCGGUCAUGUGCCACCACGAUGUCAACUGCACCUCUCUGCUGUUUGCCAUCACUCUUGCCGAAGACCCUUCGAGUUGUCAAGCCGUCAAGCUCUUUCCCUCGAGCUCAGGGUUUUCCUACUACUUUACCCAGGAUACUCCAAAGCCGGACAGCAAUAUCACCACCUACACGGUGACUUAUUGCAACUCCUCCGAUUGCAGCACCGGCUGUGGCCAGGCUCUUUCAGAACUUUCUGUCAACCAAUGCCAAGCCAAUCACCUAGCCUCCCUUCCGGGCGAACUCAGCUUGCUUCAAAACUCCAACAUCCCGGCUUGUGAGAGACCACAAACAUCAAAGUCUGGCUGGAUCAUUGCGGCGUGUGCCUGUGGCCUUGUCCUCAUCAUGGUGGUUUUGUUCGGAGCCGUGAAGCUGAACCAGCGGCGCAAACGCAAAGCCUAUGCAACGCUCAACUAA